CAGCGCCAGCUGCUGCAGGCUUCAGGAAAAACACCAGACCCAGAGGGCGCGCUGGCGGGCCGCGGCUCCGGGCGCCGUGCUGCGCCGGGGCCUCCGGGGUCCGAAGCCCGGGCGUCCUGCGUCGGCGACGGCCACCCUGCGGGGGCGCGGCGGGCGGUGGGCGUGGCGAGCGCGCGGCCUUCCUGGCGGGCGCCCCCGCCGGGCUGCCCGUGAGCGCCGAGUGCGCGCGCGCCGCCUCGUCCUCGCCCGCGGCCGCGGGCCGCCCGCCCCGCCCUCCCGACUGCGCACCGCGCCGCUGACCCAGCAGCCCGCGCCCUUGUCCGCGCGACCCGGCGGCGGGCUCCCGGCGGCCGGCACCAUGAGCGGCGGCGGCGGCGACGUGGUGUGCACCGGCUGGCUGAGGAAGUCGCCCCCCGAGAAGAAGUUGAGGCGCUAUGCCUGGAAGAAACGCUGGUUUAUCCUGCGGAGUGGCCGAAUGAGCGGUGACCCAGAUGUGCUGGAGUACUACAAGAAUGAUCACUCCAAAAAGCCCCUGAGGAUCAUCAACUUGAACUUCUGUGAGCAGGUAGAUGCAGGCCUGACCUUCAACAAGAAGGAGCUGCAGGAUAGUUUUGUGUUUGAUAUUAAGACCAACGAGCGAACCUUUUACCUGGUGGCUGAGACAGAAGAGGACAUGAAUAAGUGGGUGCAGAGUAUCUGCCAGAUCUGUGGCUUCAAUCAGGCCGAGGAAACCACAGACUCCUUGAGAAACAUCUCAGCCAGCCAUGGCCCACGCUCUUCUCCAGCUGAGUUCAGCAGCUCUAGUCAUCACCUGCUCAGAGAACGGAAGACCUCUGCCCCAUCGCACUCCAGCCAGCCAACUCUGUUCACAUUUGAGCCCCCUGUGUCAAACCACAUGCAGCCUGCCUUGUCCACCAGUGCACCUCAGGAGUAUCUCUACCUGCACCAGUGCAUAAGCCGGAGAACAGAGAAUGCAAGGAGUGCCAGCUUUUCUCAAGGGACGAGGCAGAAGAGCGACACAGCCAUGCAGAAACUUGCCCAGGGCAACGGCCACUGUGUCAACGGGGUCAGUGGUCAGGUCCAUGGCUUCUACAGCCUUCCCAAGCCAAGCCGACACAAUGCAGAGUUCAGAGACAGUGCCUAUGACCUCCCCCGGAGCCUAGCUGCCCACGGCCGCACCAAGGGCAGCCUCACAGGGUCUGAGACAGAUAACGAAGAUGUGUACACCUUCAAGACGCCUAGCAACACACUGUGCCGGGAGUUUGGGGACCUCCUGGUGGACAAUAUGGAUGUUCCAAGCACUCCACUCUCAGCCUACCAGAUCCCUAGGACAUUCACGCUGGACAGGAACCACAAUGCCAUGACUGUGGCCUCUCAUGGGGAUUCAGCCAUAGCGCCCCCUCCCCGGCCCCCCAAGCCAAGUCAGGCAGAAACACCUCGAUGGGGCAGCCCUCAGCAGAGACCCCCGAUCAGUGAAAAUAGAUCUGUCGCUGCCACAAUCCCCAGGCGCAACACACUCCCAGCAAUGGACAACAGCCGACUGCACCGAGCUUCCUCCUGUGAGACCUAUGAGUACCCUCCACGCAGCGGAGAGAGCACAGGCCGGUCUGCCGAGUCCAUGAGCGAGGGAAUCCCUUCUUUCCUGCCAGGGAAACCUGUCGUGGGUCGCUCAGACAGUACCAGUUCUGAAGACAACUAUGUGCCCAUGAACCCAGGUUCUUCAACCCUGCUGGCCAUGGAGCGGGCAGGUGACAGUUCCCACGGUGUCUACAUCCCCAUGAGCCCAGGGCCACAUCCCUUUGACCCACUUGGCUAUGCAUCAACAGCCCUUCCUGUGCACAGAGGCCCCAGCCGAGGAAGUGAGAUCCAGCCACCUCCAGUCAACCGCAACCUCAAGCCUGACCGGAAAGCUAAGCCAACACCACUUGAUCUGAGAAACAAUGCUGUCAUCGAUGAGCUCCCCUUCAAGUCACCUGUCACUAAGUCUUGGUCCAGGGCCAACCACACCUUCACCUCCAGCUCCUUCCAAUACUGCCGCCCCAUCUCCACUCAGAGUAUCACAAGCACGGACUCAGGAGACAGUGAGGAGAAUUACGUCCCUAUGCAAAACCCAGUGUCUGCAUCUCCUGUUCCCAGUGGCACCAACAGUCCAGCCCCAAAGAAGAGCACCGGCAGCGUUGAUUACCUGGCCCUGGACUUCCAGCCGGGCUCCCCCAGCCCCCACCGAAAGCCAUCCACAUCAUCUGUCACUUCGGAUGAAAAGGUGGACUAUGUCCAGGUGGAUAAGGAGAAGACCCAGGCCCUGCAGAAUACCAUGCAGGAGUGGACAGAUGUGCGGCAGUCCUCAGAGCCUUCCAAGGGUGCCAAGCUGUGACAUGGGGGCCACUGAGCCCAGAGAGGAGGCAGCAUCUCUGAACUGGCUUCUCCCUGUCUCCUCUCACCCCUCCCACUCCACUGUGCUGCUCUUGGCCUUCAAAGCAUUUGACAUCAGGGACCCUCCCUUGUUGAGGCGUGUUGAGGGCCUGAUGGGGGCACUUCCUCUGCCCACUUGGGCCCAUAUGACUUAUCAGUCCUGGCUCUGCCUCCACCCACCUUAGUUAGGAGCUGUUGCCAAAAUCUUCCUCCUGUCCUGAAGACCUGUCUACCAGAUGCUUGAAAGUUGGGCGGGGGAGGGAGCGCUGGGACUCCAAGCCAGCCCCUGCCAUCUUUCCUCCACCUUUGGGCUACCUCUCCUUCAGUCCCCUGGAGGAUGAGCCAGGGAGCCCAAGACCAGCAGACCAAAGUGGACAUGGACUUUUUUCAUCCCUGUUUUUCUUGACAGGGGAGAGGCAAGGCUGCCAAAAGCUGAAAUAGUUGAGAAUGAAGGUCAGUGGUCUUCAGGGACAAGAAUUAAAUUCCCAGGUGCAGAAGGGCAGUUGCUACCUUCAGGGGUCCCGUUUCCAGGCCACAAACAUGCAAGACCAUUGCUGGGGAAUGGGAGAGGCAAAAAAGAAGGACAAAAUGAAGGAGAAACAAUGAUAACCGAGAAUGACAAGGACCGGGGCUGGGAGUGACAAGGACACAGUGGUCAGGCCUCCUCUGAUACAGUCUGAUGAUGCCGCCCUAGGACAGAAAGUCAUCUUCCUGAGCAUCCCUGUGGAGGCUUGGGCUCAGCUGAGUGCUUCGUGGUGUGGGAAAGCUGGCAGGUGAGGGGUGGGGGAUGUGACAUGGGUGGAAGCAAGGACAGGUGUGUGUUGGGAAUGGGGCAGUGAGGGUGGUGCAGGCAGUAAGUUUCUGUAAGGUAGGUGCAUGUGAUGACUUGAUGGGAGGAAGGGUGCAGGAUGGAGCAGCUGGGUGCAUGGCAUGUGACACAAGAGCCAGUUCUGGGACUGAGCGCACAGUGUACAAAGCAGGACCAUACCUAGGAGAUGAGGGGAUGGCUGGCAGCUCCUGCCCAGCUCUCUGGAGAGAAAUGCAGCGGGCCUGGUGUCAAGCCCAGGGUGUGGUCUCAGCUCUUCUCCCCUCUGUGGCUCCAUGUUGCCAUGUUGAACUCAAACUUGCCCAUAAAGGUGGCUUGAAAGCAGGGGUUUAGCUCAGUGGCAUAAGUGCCUGCCUGGAAAGCACAAGGUCAUGAGUCAGUCCCUGGUACAAAAAAAAGAUGGCUUGAAAAGUCACAGGAGCAGCAGCGCUGGACGGUAGGGUAUAACCUAAACUAGGGAGAGGGAUCUAAAUUCUAAUGUUGAAAGUUCUUGACCAAAUUUCCAAGUAUUUCAGAGGCAACAGGGCAGACUAAACAUUUCAGUUUGCCCAGAGGUAAACAAGCGUUCCUCCAAAAAUAGGACUUCCCACUAUGCUUGUUGGGGAUGGCUACUACUCACCUUCCGCUCCUGCCAGCACACAGCUCUGCAGACCGAUGGCCUGCCAUCGCCAGGAGCCCCAUCCUGGGAGCUCUAUUAAUUCAGAGCAACUCAAAGAUCUUCAGCAGUUGUCAAGGCCAAGCACCAAGGCCCCAGAGGCUAAUCACAGCUUGUAUCCAAAAUCGAGGUUAAAAUCAGUGAGGAAAAAGGACUAGGACACAAGGCAGUGAUGAUGAUGGCUGUGUGAUAAGAGACAGGAGAAUGGAACAGAAGGAAUAAAGACUUCACAGUGAGGCUGGUGCCAGAGGUCAACAGGGUUAUGACCAGGUAGCGUGGCCCAGGGAAAGGGGUGCCUUAGAGGAGCACAGUGAGAGCCCUGCCGUGCAGGCAGGUGGGAGCUGAGAGCCUGUGUGCUUUGGGAACAAAAGGGUUUUGUGGCGUGGGGGUCCCAGUUUAAGUGCUAGGGGCAUUCUCAGAGCACCUGUGGGGGCCAUGGUGCCUAUGGUGACAUUGGCUAGGGUUUACAAGAUGCUGGUUCACUCUGCCUUCCCUGACUGUCCCUUUAGGGCUUUCUACGAGGGGUCCCACAUGGCUAGGUUUUUUAAUGGUGCCUCAUGUGUUGACCCCAUCGUGCCAUAAAUGUUACCAUGCUCCGAGCGUUACACAAAUGAAAUGUGGCUGGGGUUUGCAGAGACUAAGGUGUUCCAGUGUGGGUGGUCUCCAGGUGCCCUCCUUCUACCUCUUGGUUCCUAGUUGCUGUGCCUGCCAAACUCAGCGUGGAGAGUGGGGUGAAGCUGGAAGGCCGAAGGCAGAGCUUUGGCUCACAGACCAGCCCUCUACCACACCACCAGCCCUCACAUGCACUGCUCCUCAAAGCCUGAAAAGGAAGUCAGCUCAGUUCACAAAACAGGUCCUCUGGCUGCUCGUGGGUCCGAGUUCAUCUGUCCUGCUGGCCUGGCAAGGCCUGAGACCGCAGAACAGGGACAUCUUCUCACCUAGCAGAGUGCACACAAGGGCUACUCCUGAGACUGUCUCCAGAGCAGCUUGUUUCACGCGCUUCUGCUCCACCUCAGGAAAAGUUGAGUGGGAACAGUUGGAGGAGGGGAUGGUACCUCUUCUGGACUUUGGGUUGCCUGUCAAAGGGUAGAUUAGGUGGUCGCUGAAGCCUCUUUCACAGCUGCACCUCCUCUACAGUGAAGGGGGAGCUCCCUACUUGGUCACCAGAGACCGGCAGCACCAAGUAUUAGCCAGUUAACUCAGUCUCAGCUUGAUUUGGGUAAUGUCUACAUUUCAAACCAUUCAUGUAAGCCCACCUCAUAGAAGUGUGAGCAUUCUAAAGUUACUGCCUCAGUUCGAGUCUGCCUUUGCCCCUUCCCUGCCAUGGGGUUACAGUGUCGGCCCCAAGCAGUAGCCCUGGUCCCUUCAGCAGAGCUCUGAAAGAGUACAGGUUCGGAGGACAUUGGCUCAUCCUUCCCGUGUGAGCCUGUAGCUGUAAACUGGUGGGAAGCGAGACUGGCCCUACGGGGCCCUCUUUCUAGGACUCGCCAAGUUCUUUGUGGGAGGCAGAGGGGGCUUGCUGCAGAUUCAUGCUGUCUGUGGUAUCUGGUGGUGUGCACUCUUGUGUAAUUUGUCAGCUACUUGUGUCAUGAAAUUUAGGAUCAUUUUGCACAGAACUGUCCCUAUGUGUUCGGAAGAGAAAAUGGGCUAGCAGCAGCCCUAUCUCAAGUUCUUGUCUUGUUGCCAUUUAAAUUGACAUUUAAUUUUUUCAAAUCACUGUUAGUGCCUAAUCACUUAAGUUAUUAAUUUAUUGUUUUCUUUUUUAAAAAUUUGUAACACAUAUUUAUCUUGUGAGUAGGUCCGGGUUGGGGUGGGCAAUAUGUUCAAGUGGGUCAUGUUUCUGCUGUGGUGACACAUGGUACAGGCCUGGAGCUUGCAGGUCCCUUUUUACUGUGGUAUUGAAAUAGGACAAUAAAGUCCUUUAGAAAUGCAA